AUGAUCAACGAUGACAACUUCCAGCUGCGACUCCUCGAGGGAAACCAGACUUCUUUUGACUUCGGUGACUGGUGGGACCCCGGUUGGAUGUCCGCCCUCACCAACAGUGCCGGCUCCCCCGGCAGUAGCAGUGUGCCUGCUUCGCAGAUCUGGUGUGCCCAGGAGGAUAACCUCAGCGUGCUACGCAGUGGUCGCCAAAUUGAGCUGACUCCCAUAGUCUCCUGGCGCACAGUGCUCAUUCUACGACUUAACGCCACAGGUGCUGCCUCACCUGGUAUGACGGCAAGAUUCAGAGCCUUCUAUAAAUUCACUUUGGGUGAGUUGAGUGCUUCAUAA